GAUGCGGCCUCGACGUUGAGAACCUGCUGCUUGCGGUUUCCUCAGUUAUCGACGGACGGCCAACCGGAUUGCAUCGCGGAUAGUUUUAGUGGUCGGAGUUUAGUUGGCGGGUGAAAUUUACGCACGAUCUUCGAUUGAUAACAGCAGCGCAGUGCGGCUUGUUUUGAACGUUCGCGCCGGGUGACGGGAAAAAUUGUUCAUCUGUUGCAAGUGAGUGAAAGGUGUUCUUGUGACAAACGGCCCAGCCGGCAGGACGGGUUGCAAAACAGAGCCUUGGUUUGUUAUGUGCGAACGAAGAAAUUGAGGUUCCCCCCGGAGCGGUACUUGUUGAUUGGAUUUUCGUCGGAUUUUUGCGAGAUUUUUGUUAUUUUGAUUUUUUUCCCCUUACGAUGGAUGGUGAUCAUUUAGCUUUCCGAGGUCUUGUGCGUGCUAGUUUUUUGUUGCCAGUAUCUUGACAUGUCUGUGUGCUACGUACAAUAGCUUCUUGUACGAGGAAAGAUAAAUUCAAAAAAAAAAUCACACAGCAAGCAGUGAAAAAUUAGGCUCUUUAGAUUCGGUCCGGUGACGAUUGAGUAUUCUGAAACUUCGACACCGCUGAAGGUUGGUAAACGAAGCAAACGGGAAGAGAACACUCGGCACGUGAGAGCAGCCUAGUGUGGAAGAUUGGGUCCGAAACCGAAAGGGAAGCUACUCUAGUGUGACUAGUGAGUGAGGAAGGCUAAUGAUGAUGGUUCGUGGCAAUUCAAGUGCUCUGGGGUUGCCAAGUGGAAAAUGAGCAACAGGAAGUGAGAGAUUUGUGUUUUGUGUCUCCGUGUUCAGUGAGGGAACCUUAGCGUAACUGAGUAACAAUAGACGAGGACACGAUGGAGGGCAAAACGGAAAUCCGUUCGAAACCUAUUUUAAGCCCCACAAGAUCAUUGGAUGAAGGAUUCGAAAGUGACCCUGACCGCAUAUCGACAGAUUCGGAGCUAGCAUCUGCUCAGGCAGCUCCAGCGUUUGAUGUUCUGCAAACAACCGAUCGUGACGGAGUUCAGCAUACCCAAAUAGCUCGACGAUCUCCGGACAGUGCCCUCGCGAAGGACAGUGGCCCGGAAAGUAUAAUCUGCUUGGAUGGAGAAAUAGAGAACGAAUUACGCAGCAAGCUCGAAAAGACUACGUUGGGACGACCACCCACAGGACUACAAAAUUUUGGCCAGCAGAAAAUUAACACGGGCCAAUCGCAUCAGAUUCGAUAUCGUCGAGUUAAAACGCGAGCACCACCACCACCCUUGGGAAGCUACUACUACCAGAAGCGGUCACAAUCAGUUGAUUCCAUGAGCAGAAGCCAGCUGCCCAAUGCACAGUAUGGAAGUAUGGAACCGGCGAUUGGAAUGUCCGGUGCACAUCUCGAUAUGGUCAACAGCAAUGGCGACGUUCUGGCCGGUCGAUUUGUACGGGUCUCGGUAAAUGCUCACCAUCAUCAGCAGCAUCAAUUGUUGAACCACCCGUACCGUAUGUCCUCGUUAUCAACUAACAAUAUUUACAAAUACUGUCACGCUUCGACGGCAAUGACCGGUCAUCAUCAUCAGCAGCAGCAGCAGCAACAUCAACACUUGAUGCAUCACCAUCACGGUUCAACUGGCGCCGGUGGCAAUUCCUCCGGUGCCAGUAGUCGCAACAAUUUGUACUCGCUUCCAUCACAUUACCACGGAGGAUUAUCCGCAGCAUCGGUUCAGUCGACUUCGCACCAGACUCCAUCAGCAGCAGCAGUAUCAUCAGUUACCGGCAGAAACUACAAACAUUUCAACCACGUUCCAGUAUGCUGGACUCAGUCAAUACCAAGGCAAACAAGACGGUACAUCACACCAACGGCCUUACCCCAGGUGAUAGCACCACCGAACAAGUCCACCGGCACCGGCAUCUCGCAGAAGCUUCGGGAUCUGGCAACCUCAGCCGGUCUGCUAACGGCAAAACCACGGCCUCCGCUCAAACCGGUCAUCAAAACGCGCGGCUCCAAUAGCGCCGAGUUUCCGAAGAAGGUGACGUUCAGCGCCUUUGCCACCGUGCAGGUUGUGUAAACAGCAAUGACACCGAUAGAAAAAAGACAGGAACAAAAACGUAACCAUUGUGUAGAGAAGAUCAUUUGGCUGUAAGGUAAUGAGAGCGAAGAACUACCGGACGAGAAGGCUUACACACAAAGGACACUCCGGUUAUCACCUAGCGAAUAUCAAUUAUUUCAAGCAAUUAUCGGAAAUAAUUUGUUAUUUGCCAAUCGAACUUUUUAUAUCGACUAGACGACUGCUCGCAAUGACAGCGUUAGAAGUAGAAAUUAUAGCAAAACAAAAAGGACUGCACUUACUUAAAACAAAACAAAAACACGUGACACAGCGGACAAGAAACGUUCACAAAAUACUGGAGCCUUGAUCCGAUGCAUGGGAUCGACAGAGAAGAAAAAAAAAACGCUUCAAUGUCUAGCAAGUUUGUUUUAUAUUUUUCCUGAAUGGAAUCCACUGAAAGCCAGCUCCAGUGCCGUGCCCCUAUCGCGCAGCGGAACAACUACUGGACCUCUCAAUUGGUACAAAUUUUCUCGUCACUUCAGCGACUCCUGCGAGAACACAUUGAAGAUAGUGAUCGAACAGUCGUGUGCCUUGCGGUCACAAGAAAUGUGAACCAACAGUAUGAUUAUGCUCGCCGUGCACAAUUUCUUCUCUUGCUAUCUUCCCCCGUACAUAAAGUAACAUUCACUUGUGAUUUACGAGCCAUUUUAGUCUAUACCAUUAGUAUGGAAGGGGAAUAAUAUGUUUUAAAAACUUAUUCCGUACGUUACGAAUGUUUGUUUCGAUGCAAUGUCGAUAUCUAUCUCGAGAAAAAAAUCACUAUUCUUCUAGUUUUACGUCUUUUACUGUUUGACUGGUGCGUCUGCAGAAGUUGUACGAUUAAACCAUAUUAGUUAGUUGUUGUAAAAAGUUAAAAGUAUGAAGAUCCUCGUGCCUCCGUCGACUGUUUGUGAACAUAUAGGCUUACAAUAAAGAGUGAAUUACCAGUGGAGGCAAAAAAAAACGGGAUGUAUAUAGGAACAUAAUGCCAAUUAUAAGACUAAUAUAUUUUUUUCUUACACCUGUGUAAAUCCUGUUCGGAAUGAGAAAUAUACGAGAAAAAAAAUCAUUAUUGAUUGACGGUCAAGCUAAUAGAAAGAGCUCAUAUAACCAUUAAAAAGCAUAAUUUUACUUGUGUGAACAGGUUAAGAUCAAGAUUUAAAACAAGCUUUGAAACUUCUUCGAUUGCACCCUGUUUCGUUACUCAGUUUAAAUUGGUUAGGUGUUUAAUUACAGAACCGUAGGUACUCUUUCAAAGUCAUGUUUAUGUUGAACUUAGGAAUUCAGUUUAUCGUCCAUACAUCAGGGACAUAAAACUGUAUCAAUCGCUUGACGUAACUAAUUUGUCGAUACGGUUAUGGUAAAUCAACAGUAGACUACCAAAAACACUUUCCUUGAUUAGCGCACCUGUGGCCGUUCGGCAGGCAAGUCAAUCUCCUAAAAACUACAAACCACACCCUAUGCUAUAAUUAUGCACCUUCAAAGCAUCCUCUAUGACGCAUGUUCACCGCUUGACGUUAAUAACCGUUCCAACUGCCGGGUGAAAAAAAAGUGAAAAACAGAGCAGAAAGCUCCGAACAUUCAAUCGCCGGGCGGGUUAUGUUUCCUCGGCGGAAGCCAACCGACAAUCAAAACAUGUACUGCAGGCAAUUAUUCAAUAAUCGAUUCAGUCGUCUAGGAAGCGCAAGCGUUUGGUUGUUGCUUUUAUAAUAGCUUUUCCCUGCUUGUCUUCAUUUUGUACAAUUCGAUACCAUUUAAAAACAAAACAACUUUAAUAAAUUCGAAAGCAUUCGGAUGCUUCAUGAGAGAAACUCUAGGUCUAACAAAUUUUGUACUUGACAAAAAUGUAAAUAGCUAAACGACUAAAUCUCAGAACUAAACAGUUUGUAAAUAUAAUCUGUUUUACCCUUAAAAAGCAAUAUGAAUUCGAAUAAAAUCACACGCGCGAUAAACUCAUGAAUAAAGUGUGAAAAAAGAAAACGAAAAACAA